CUUGACGCCCGUCAGUCAGUCGGUCAGUCGGUCUUGACUCGCCGUACAAGAUAGUGAUUCGUUUUAGUGCGGGUGUUUUUGUUGUUGAACUUAUGUGCCUUUUACUUAAACUUUUCAAAUUUAUUCAAUUUCAUCAAGUUUUUGAUUUCGACUGUGACGUACCUUUAACAAAUACUAAAAAUUUGAAAAGAUAAAAAAUUGAAAUCGAACAAAAUAAAUUAAAGUACAAAAAAUGGAGAAAGAUAUGGAAAAUAAUGAGGACCAAAAAGAGAUCAAAAUGGAAUCCGGCGAAGAAAGCAUGCGACCAGUUUUAAACACACCUGAUCCAGUCGCGACUGCCACAGUAAUAGUUCCUCCUGAUGGAGGAUGGGGCUGGGUCAUAGUAGCCGCAUCAUUCAUGAGCAACAUGAUAGUGGACGGUAUUGUGUUCUGUAUCGGACCAAUAAUUGAAGAGAUCCAAAUUUCAUUUGGUGCAAGUAAAGCUAAAGUAGCCCUUAUCAGUUCGCUGCUCUCCGGAUUCUAUCUGAUGGCUGGUCCUUUUGCUAGUGGUCUUGCGAAUCGAUAUGGGUUCCGUGGAGUAUCAUUAGUCGGUGCCUUACUAGCUGCUUCUGGUCUUAUGGUAUCCUACUUUGCAACGAGUGUAGAAUUCCUUUUCGUUUCAUAUGGAGUCGUUGGAGGCCUAGGAUUUUGUUUUCUGUAUAUGCCGUCGGUUAUAACAGUGGGAUAUUACUUUGAGCGAUGGCGUGCGUUAGCAACUGGAAUUUCUCUUUGCGGUUCUGGAGUCGGAAUGUUUCUUUUCUCUCCUCUCAUCACACUUUGUUUAAGUAAUUUUGGUUGGCGUACAACUAUGUUAAUACAAGCAUGCCUUGUACUAUGUUGUAUACUCUGUGCCAUGUCGUAUCGUCCAUUAAAGCCAGUACUUAUGUGUCAAACGCCCAAACCUGAGAGAGCAAAUGCAUCGAAGUUAGGAUCAGUAAAUAGAGUAGCGGCAGAUCAAUCCCAAGCGUUUUCAGCACCCCGAAGUACCUGGAUCGGAGCCAAUAAUAAUAUGCAGUAUCCAACAGCAGCAGACGCAGUAUUGGGCAGCCAAGCAAAUCUUGAAAGGCGAGGUUCGUUAGCUUCUACUACCAAGUCCAUAGGAAUCGACCCGAAGGAACUUCGUCCCGUUGGUGAAGAUGAAGAAGUUGGAUCUCCUCUAAUUAAUGGACAAGCUUCUGGCGCUGGUUCUAGGCGACGUACACUUAGCGGGCGCCGUGCAAGUGAUUCGACCAAAGACGGACACCGAAGUAGACGUGGAACUAUAACUGGUACCGAAACGAGUCGUCCCAUGUACAGAGAUGAUGUUUUAUAUAGUGGAUCGUUAGCUAGGCUUCCACAGUAUCAGAGUACGACUUCUAUUGGAUACCACAUGUCCGUAACUAGAUUACCUACUCGGGCGGAUGUCGAAGAACAGUCUUCUUGCAAGCUUUGCCCAGAAGCGUUCCGUCGAACUCUCGCUACCAUGUUAGAUAUGAACUUGAUGCGUUCGCCGUCAUUCCUUUUGCUCGCCUUCAGUGGUUUCUUUACUAUGAUGGGUUACUUAAUACCAUUCCUAUAUAUUGCUCAGAGAAACAAAACCAGCGGAAUGACCGAUGAUGAAACAGCUUGGUUGUUAUCAACUAUUGGUAUAUCUAACACAUUGACUAGGGUGAUAUGCGGGGUUUUGGCUUCAAAUACUAGCGUAAAUGUUUUAUGGAUUAAUAACAUAACACUGACGAUGGGAGGUGUCGCUACUUUAUUGAGUGGACUGUACUAUACUGCUGCAUACCAGUACGCAUAUUGCUGCAUUUUCGGCAUAUCGAUUGCUUGCUUUGCGUCGCUUAGAUCAAUUCUUGUCGUAGACUUAAUGGGUUUGGAGAAAUUGAAUAACGCCUUUGGAAUUCUCAUGUUAUUCCAGGGCGUCGCUUCUAGUCUCGGACCACCAAUUGCCGGUAUUUUUAUGGACGCCACUGGGAGCUUUGAUGCGUCAUUUUAUCUAUCCGGAGCCCUCUUCACUGUGUCUGCAGUUUUAUGUUAUCCUUUGAAAAUGGUCAAGAAUUGGGAAGAAUCAAAAGCUACAACCAACCAACUAGUAUAAAAUUAAAACAAAUCUCACUGAAAUACAUGCCAUAUGUAACACAUAUAUACAUAGGAAUAUAAAUAUAU